UGUUUAUGCUGAGCCGCCGUUGUCAAGACGCGUCCCGGACGCUCGCACCGUCACUCGCCCUUCGUAUUCUAGGUAAUCGACCGCCCCAACCUACGUUUAUGGUUUACGCUUCGAAGAACUGCUAGCGGACGGCGAACCUUGUCGCAUCAUGCCGGCCUCAUGCGCAGCGUACGGCUGAACGUGCAACGGUGGCUGAGACGCUGAGACCAUGUACUCUUUCACAUCUUCCGACGUGAGAAAAAACGAGAUACUCAGUGGAUCGCUGCUGUGGAAGUAAUUUCAAGCCUUCGAGAACCACUGUACUCUGCCCGAAACAUCUUCGUGACAGAGACUGCCAUCAGAGUUUAUCGCUAAGUCGUGUAAUGGGAACACCGGUGAAAUCUGCUCAACUGAGGCCAGGCUUGUUGCCGUCGAUCUUCGUUUUGGAACGGAACGAAUCGCCGGCUCCGCGAGCAGCAUUCUCGAAGAGGUCAGAACAUGAGAUUCUUGAACAGUUGCUCUCUGGAGGCGGAACCAUCGGGCACACGCCAAGACCAAGUCAUUGUAGCGAAACCUAUCACGAUGACUUUGCCGCAGAGCCAGUAUAUCAGGCAGCACUGAGUCUGGCUUGUGAGUCGGGACAAGCUGUAGGAACAUCACCACAGUCACCGUGUGAGCCGGGCCAUGGCACAAAUCGAUCUGUUCAAGUGGGUCUACCAACUCGCCACAAAGCAUCACAAGCAACCGAAAAGAAAAUUCUUUCAACAAUUGCUACGCAAACAGAACUACAUGCUGUUUCUUCAGGCUCUUUUUCCUUUCCGUCCUUGGAGCAGUCGUCUUCAUUGGCGUCUGUACGAGGCCGACUUCAUUCCUGCAAGCAGUGCACCUAUGUGACCCUGGACAAAUCAACUAUGAACACACACCUUCGGAAACACAUGGGCGAGCCCCCCUCACAGUGCCACUUCUGUCCAGCUGCAUUCACUCGCAAGUCCCAUCUGGUGCUUCACGUGCGCACCCACACAGGAGAGCGCCCCUUCCGCUGUGCCCACUGCAAGGCGUCCUUUGUGCAGAAAAACACCCUCGUUAGACACAUCCGCACGCACACUGGAGAGCGGCCCUUUUCGUGUGCUCACUGCAAUGCAUCUUUUUCGCUCAAAAGCACCCUCAUUGGGCACAUGCGCACUCACGCGCACACAUUAGAACGUCCCUUUUCCUGUGUCCACUGCAAUGCGUCCUUUUCGAGGAAAAGCCACCUCACUGAGCACAUCCGCACGCACACUGGAGAGCGGCCCUUUUCCUGUGUUCACUGCAAUGCAUCUUUUUCGAUCAAAGGCACCCUCAUUGCGCACAUGCGCACUCACGCGCACACAUUAGAACGUCCCUUUUCCUGUGUCCACUGUAAUGCGUGCUUUGUGUGGAAGAAGAGCCUCGUGGUACACAUCCGCACGCACACAGGAGAACGUCCCUUUUCCUGUGUCCACUGCAAUGCGUCCUUUUCGACGAAAAGCCACCUGACUCAGCACAUGCGCACUCACACAGGAGAGCGUCCCUUUUCCUGUGUGCGCUGUAAUGCAUCAUUUGGUCGGAAGCACCACCUCGCGGAACACAUCAUCCGCAAGCAUAGAGGAGAGUGUCCCUUAUCCUGUGUCCGUGGCAAUGCAUCUUUUUCGCAACGACAUGACCUCACGGACCACAUGUCCCAUCAUCAUGCAAAUAAAAAGCCAUAAAUGUGACGGGCCUACAGGCUUCCCUUAAAAAGGCAAUAAAGAACCGCGUGGUCCAAAACAUGUGGUGGAGAGAUAACUGAGCACUUGUACGACAACAGGCUGCCACAUGAUUUUUGCGGAUAAGUGUUGUAAAGAGAAAGUUACAUGAUAUAGAACAACCCGCUUCGGCUGGUGUUUGUUUCUCGCUCGGCCAUCCGACUUUUCUCGGCAGCGAAAAGGUGUAGGUGUAGCUUGUUUUCGGGACGACGCCAACUUCGAUAACGGAACAUGACGUAGGCAAUUACGUCAUCGGCGCUCAGCCAAUGACAAAGCAAGACUUCCUCCGUGUGUCACUCGUGUCAGAACGGCUUGGUGAGGAAGUGCAAUGAGAGGAGCGCUAGGGCCACUGCAUAGAGUUAGUAUACUAACUCUAGAGGAAAAGCUGGGCCGCGAGACCGCUAACCACAAGAGCGCUGACAUCUUGGAACGUUGUCAUUCUUGCCAUCACAUUUCAAUCCUAAAGAAGCCUUUGCACAAUUGAUAACGCGCGGAUAUCGUUUCGUGUUUUUUUGAACACUUUUACGAAAGAAUACGACGGCUAUUUAUGCAAUUUACUGUGCGCGGAAAGGAGCGUUUAAGUAAGUAAGUAAGUAAGUAAGUAAGUAAGUAAGUAAGGUGUUCCUAUUCCCUUUUAACACAGGGCAGGCAGUUUAAGUGCCACAGGAAGAAAAAAAUUUAAACAAAUGUCAAGUGUUUUCGUUCUUUUGUUCGUGCAUAAGCAGAGUGUCACGGGUCACGGUGUCGCUUAAUGCACACACGCACACACACACACACACACACACACACUCACAUACACGAUUGGCUUGGUGGAAGUCGAGUCAAGAGUCGAGCCAAGCCAUGCCGUGUUCUGCACCUCCGUGGCCGUUUAAACAUGGCGGAUGUUUACCGUUGUAGGGGGUCACCUA